CGGGAGACGAAUUUAUAAUGUCAAUAAGCCGUUGUGAUGGACAAUAUAUAUAAUUACGAAAGAUCACAAAGCUGCUAUUUUAAUUUCCACUGCUGUUAUCAUACACUUCCAGUUGAUAUUUAGUUGUCAUGGGUACGGGAUGUGAUAACAACAUAAACAGCUAUGCUUGUCGGAACUUCACGCGCUUAAACGGCAAAAUAAUAUUAGUAAUUUUGGAAACUGUUGUUGGUACCCGGUCCUUACCUAGCAUUUUUAAGUUGGAUACGUUUUCUACAACUGAGUAACGGAAUAAAGAAAUGGCAAAAGCAACGACAAUAAAAGAUGCUCUAAAAAGAUGGGAGGAAAAAUAUGAAAUGAACCCUGCGGAUGCGACAGAUGUUAAUUUAUGUUUUCAGUGGCCUUUUAUAGAAAAAAUGGACAAUUCAUUAGCUGUCCUGGUUAACUGCAGGAAACUUUCACUGUCUACAAACAUGAUAGAGAAGAUUGCAGGUGUGAGUACACUGAAAAAUUUAAAAAUUCUUUCUCUGGGAAGAAACUACAUUAAGGCUUUCUCAGGACUGGAAGGUAUUGGUGACACAUUAGAAGAGCUAUGGAUAUCAUACAAUUUCAUAGAAAAGAUUAAAAGUGUUUCAUUUUUCAAGAAGCUGCGAGUGCUGUAUAUGUCAAAUAAUGUCGUUAAAGACUGGAGUGAAUUUAACAGACUACAGGAGAUUCCACAUUUGGAGGAUCUACUAUUUGUUGGGAAUCCACUGUAUGAUGCAUUAGAAGAGGCUCAGUGGAGAGCUGAGGCAACACGAAGAUUACCUAAUCUUAAGAAGCUGGACGGGGAGCCCGUUAUUAGGGUGGCCGGGACUGCACCUGCAGCCGAUGCAUCAGCUGAUUAGUGGAGGGAAACCAUUUGCACUGCAAAACUAAAUAAAGCCUUUGCUCUAUCAGUAGCAGUAUUGUUAUUCUUUCAACAAUGUCCACGUGAAAUAUAGCAGCCUCAAAAUGCAGCGUAGAAUUUUAUUUUCAAGCCCUGCCAUUAAAAGAAAACUAAGUAAUUAAGGAGUGAAAGGAAUUGCACACACUCAAAAAUACUUCUAUUGAACAACAGCCUCAUACAGUGGGAUGUCUGGAAAAAUACUCAUAGGACAGACAAGCAGUAGUGAUUUAUGUGAAAAGCAAUGUAUUGGUUACUAAAAUGAAAAUUAUAAAAAUCUGUGUGCAUCUAACUUUUGAAAUGUCUUGUUGAGGUGUCAGAAACUAAUUCCAGAUUGGACACUAUAGCAUGCUCUGGUAAUUUUAAUGUAUUAGUUAAACAAGUCGAGUUUGUCUUGUUAUACUUUCCAUGAAAAUAUAGAUAUCCGAUAGGAGUAGACAACUUUAAAGUAAGCUUUGUA